UUAAAAAUCAAAAUUGAGAAAAAUAUGGAUACCCUUCAUAGUCUGUCACAAUUCCGCAAGGGAUUAAUUCAUACAACAGAUAAUGACAAUGCAGGACCAUCAAAAACAACUGAUGAGAAUAAAGAUGAACAAGAGUUACAGGUUAAGAUGAAUAAUUUCUCAACACCUGUCAAAUCAGACCAGUCGACAAAUAUAGAAGACGAUAAUAAUAAAAAUAAGAAUGAAAAUACCAAAGCCAAGAUUGUCAGUUGUGAGAAAAUGGUAAUGGUUGGUAGCAAAGAAUUUAAAGAUAUGAAGAUGCUGAUGGUCGAGUCCAACAAACAGACUCGCGAGAUGUCAGCAACACUCGGUAGAGCUGCGAAACGAUUAGAAGAAGUCACUCACGAACUAGUUAAAGCUCUUAAAAUGACGGUAGAUGGGCGUAGAGCAGAGCUAGAUCGGGAGAAGGCUAAAAUAGAAGCAACUAAGCUAGAAGCCGAGAAAAAGACCAACGACGGAGAAGAGACAAUUAAGGCUCAGACUGCAAAGUUUGACGGCAAGAAGAACUGCCAUAGAUGUGCCAAACCUGGACAUAGAAUUGAAAAUUGUCCCCUGUCAAAAGAUUUGUGGUUCUGCUACUACUGUCAGGAGAUAAGAUCUCAUAAGGGUUCAGAGUGCAAGGAUGGCAGGAUCAAAAAAAACUCUGUUGAUCGCAAGAAGUAGCGCAGUGGAAGCUGGAGUGGGAAAUGGAGGGAGUGUUAAGAAGACACGAAUUUACCCAAGUCCGCUGAGAUCUAUUUUUUAUAUAUCU